AUGAGACCCUUUUUCGAUUCGGACAUUGUAGUAAAUUUUACCCUUUCGGAAGAAGCAGUACAAAAUGAGAAGAAAAUUAUUGAAAGCAAUCGGCGCGUUUUGCGGGACUGCCAGAAGGAGAAACUGAUAAGUGAGACGAAAAAGAACUGGGAUAAGUUUUACCAUCUUUACAAAACUAAUUUUUUUAAAGAUAGGAAGUGGAUAAGGAUUGAAUUCGAUCACAUUUUCAGGGGAGAGACAUCCAUAAAUGAGGAGCAGACUGGGGAUGCCAUACAAGACGGUGGGGAAGGCGCAACACAAGUGGGGCAUAGCAAGGAGAAGAAGCUUGUACUCGAAAUCGGAUGCGGGGUGGGAAAUACGCUAAUACCGCUACUAAUUCACUACGAACAUUUAAACUGCGUCGGGAUAGACUUUUCGAAAAAUGCAAUAAAUCUGCUGAAUGAGACAUGGAGCCGGGUGGUCACGUUGAAUGAGCAGUUGAAGGGAGAAGCGGGCGAAGAGGCAAGUAACGAGGUUCGCAACGAGGUAGAGGACGAAAUGGAGAACGACCGGGCGAAUGAAGAUGAAGUGACCCAGAACGAGGACAACUCCGAAGAGGAAGACGCCAGCUCUGACAUUUUCGAACAGAAGCGUUAUAAGAAAAUGGGAAAUUUAAUCAAAACGUGCGUAGUGGACAUAACAGCGCCCGAGGGAGAUUUAACCCAAGUGUGUGACGUAGGGACGGUGGACAUUGUUCUGCUCAUUUACGUUUUGUCCUCAGUUCAACCGGAGAAAAUGAAGAAUGUUAUUUACCAUUCGUACAAUUACUUAAAAAGAGGAGGCUAUGUUUUGCUACGCGAUUACGGACUGUACGAUUUGGCACAAGUGAGAUUUGCCAACAAGAAGGAAAAAAAAAUCUCCGAAAAUUUUUACGUUCGUGGGGAUAAAACCUUUGUAUACUUCUUCAAAACGGAGGAACUGCGGAGCCUUUUUUGCGAAAAUGGGUUUUUCGAGGAAGUGCAAAAUAGGUACAUCACUAGGAUCGUUAAGAACAGGAAACGGAAUUUGGAGAUGAAGCGAAUUUGGGUGCAGUCCAUUUUUAGGAAGCGCUAG